AUGAGAGUAGAGACAUACGUAUCCAUAGCGGCGGAGGUAACGACGGCAGAAGCAGCGACGGCGGCGGCAGCGACGGUGGUGGUAGUGACGGCGGUGGCAGCGGUGGUAGCGGUAGCAGCAAGCAGCGGUGGCAGCGUCACGAGAAAGCGAAAAAACGACAUCAAGACAGAGAAAGAGGAAGAACUGGACAACGUUGGCGGCAACGGCUGUGGUAGCGAUGGCGAUGACGAUGGCGAUGGCAGUGGUGGUGCCUGGACAGCCAAGCCGGACAGCCGAGCGGACCGAGAAGAAGAGGGCAACGACAUUGCUUCGCGUCACUCGCGAGCUUCGAUACAUUUACCGAAAACUACGCCACUGCCAUUGACGCCACUGUCGUUUCGUCGGCAUUCUUCGGAUCCCUUCAAAAUCGAUCAAUCGCAGCCCCGUCCAAAGAAUCUUCGUCGCUCGACGGCGUGCCUUCGCGAAUGUGUGAUAUUAGAUCACAGAGCUUGCGUCCUAGAUUCCAGAGAAAAACUUACAUCUUUAACACAUUGCAUUACGUUACAGUUUUGGAGUUUGUGCUGCUCUAUACACGGAUAUAAAUGUUCCAAUAACUAUUCAACGUCAAUCAUCUAUUAAAGAUUCUAUGUUCGUUAGAACUUACUUACUACUUUUUACCAAUGUUAUUUCUUUCUAGUGAUUAGUGUAUUACGAUCACAUGAAGUGUAUAAUAAAAAAU